CUGGCUGGAGCCUACCGAUGAGGCAGGAUGAGGAGGCUCUGAAAGGAGGCCGAUGGAAGAGAUAAAAGGCCAGCCUGUCCUCACUCAUUCAGGUCCUCCAUCCCAACACCUCCCACCCAAAACCCUGAACGGAAAGAAAAACCACCUUCUCCACCAAAGAAAAAAAAAAACCAAACCGAAAGACACCACGAUGUUCAUCUCUUUAGCCUCCCUCUUGGGCUUCAUGAUGGUCUUGCAAACCGCCACUGUCUUGGCCUCGCCCGUCGAGGUCGACCACCAAGUCGCGCCAAAGUAUUGUCGUCGUGACGGCGAUCACUCCACCAAAACCUGCUAGUCGAGCUCCCUGACGAAUUGGUGGAAGAGGCCGAAAAAAGAACCGAGCCCUUGGCGAUCCCGAUGGUCCAACUCGUCUAGUCUGCCUUAUUUUUUUUCCGGCUUAUCUAUCCCAUGCUUCUCCAGCUUUCUCUUCCUCAUGCCUUUGCAACCUCAAUCCCAGUUCUGCAAGCACUGCCCCCUGUUACCUACGCAACUCCGUGAUUGUCUAUACAAGUUUGCUGUCGAGAAAGCUAUUGUACAGUGCCUAGACAGUGAAAAGUGGCUGCCUAUUUUGGAUUCCAGAGCUCCAGAGCACAAAUUUGAAAUCAUGAGACUUGGUCAGGUGGUGCAUAAUAGGUCCCAAAAAAUGAAUAUGAAAUAACAAAAGCAAA